AUGAAAUCUAGCCCGAAGAAGAUCACGAGCGGCUCGGGGAACCAUGAGCUCGAUCUCGUCGACGAAUCUGCGGAAGAGGGCCCGAGUGAGCCAAUGUGCCGCGCCAUGGUACCAUCCACCGAGGGUGACGGAACGCUCCCACUUGCACCACCCAUUGGUACUACUACUAUCGAGGGCGAUAGCAAUUACAGCCCAAUCCCUGAGGCCUUCCACAUUCGUGACGAGCAAGGGGAACUUGUCUUUCCAAAGGCGGUUCCCUCGGAGCCUGACCAGCCCAUCUAUCUACAGUCUACUCUAGCUCGGCUAUUGGUAGAUCGUGCACUGAUGGAUGAUGAGUGA